AUGUCUGAGACGUUCGUGACGGGUCAGACGUCGGAGGAUCUGCUGGCUGAUUUCGAGUCCCUGUUGAACAGUGGCAGCAUCGAUCUGAGCGCAGAUCAUCAGAUCGUGAUCAUCUCUCCGGCCUGCGGCGGCGUGGAGCUGCUCCAACCCCGCGCCGCCACCGCUGACCUGCUGCUCUUCUCCACCCCGCACGGCACUGAGACGCCAGGGGCGCAGACCCGCCGGGACCCCGCCCCGGGACGGCCGCCGGUGAAGAGGAAGUUAGAUCUGGACAGUGAUCACCAGUACAUCAGCACUACCAGACCUGCACCACCAGCACCUCAGUACUCAACCACACCCUCUACGCCGAGCCGUCUCAAAGUACCCAGGCUAAGCACAGAGAAGUCUCGCUACGAUACGUCGUUGAACCUCACCACCAAGCGCUUCCUGGACCUGCUGGCUCAGUCUACAGACGGCGUGGUGGAUCUAAACUGGGCCUCUCAGGUGCUGGAUGUCCAGAAGAGACGCAUCUAUGACAUUACCAACGUCCUGGAGGGCAUCCAUCUCAUCUCUAAGAAGUCCAAAAACAACAUCCAGUGGCUUGGUAAUCGUAUAGAUGGCGCUACAGUCGCGCGGUAUCAGGAACUGCAAAGGGAAGUGUCUGAACUAACAGAGGCUGAGGACAAACUGGACGAGCUCAUCAGUAAAUCCAGCCUGCAGCUCCGUCUCCUCACUGAGGAGUCAGAAAAUAAAAUGCUGGGCUACGUGAGAUGUCAGGACCUGCGCAGCACCGUGGAUCCUCCGGAUCAAAUCGUCAUCGUCAUCAGACCCCCUCCUGAGACGCAGAUGACCGUCACGGACGCCAGUCAGGGGUAUCAGAUCUCCCUGAAGAGCACCAAGGGUCCCAUCGACGUCUUCAUCUGUCCCGAGGACAGUUCCGGGGUCUGUAGCCCUGUUACAGGCCCCAGUCCUGCGAAAUCGUCCACGCGCAGCCCUGCUCGACUCGCUCUGUCUGCACAGGAAGGGAAAUCAUCGCUGUUGGCUCUCCCGAGCGCUUCACCACUUCCUCUGAGCAAUGAGACAGAGUCCUUCCUGGACCCGCUAUCUGGCAUCGGCGAGAUGGCGGACUUCGACGCCUUGGCACUCGGCCCGUCCGACUCCGACUUCCUCCUGGAGCGUGUCGGUUCCGGUUCGGACGUUUUUGGCUUGCCGGUGGAAAGCUUCAUCAGUUUGUCUCCCCCUCACAUGAACGAUUAUCACUUCGGCCUGGAGGAGAACGAGGGCAUCAGCGAACUGUUCGACUGCGACUUCUCGGACUUCAGCCCCCUGUUCUGAGGCAGUCGGGGGACGGAUGGGUGUGGGUUCGC